CCAGAUGAUCAGCAGCAGCAGCAGCAGCGGAUUCACUGUCUCACCUGCACGUGCAGGAGUUUUUGUCUGCUGUCCAGUGGAUGAACGACACACAUCUUCAUCUUCAUCUUCAUCAGUCUGGAGCGGCUCAUGGAGUCUGACGCGUCCGGACGAGCUCCGGAGGAUCCGGGCGUUGUGAAGCGUCAGGCGGUGAAGAGACACCAUCACAAACACAACCUCAAACACAGAUAUGACUUUCUGGAGACUCUUGGUAAAGGCACGUACGGACGAGUGAAGAAAGCCACGGACCGGUCCGGCAGAACGGUGGCCAUCAAAUCCAUCCGUAAGGAUAAAAUCAAAGACGAGCAGGAUUUGAUUCACAUUCGCCGUGAGAUCGAGAUCAUGUCGUCACUCAGUCACCCGCACAUCAUCAGCAUAUAUGAAGUGUUUGAGAAUAAGGACAAGAUCGUGAUCGUGAUGGAAUACGCGAGCAAAGGAGAUCUGUACGACUACAUCAGCGACAGACAGACGAUCACCGAGACGGAAGCGAGACAUGUCUUCAGACAGAUCGUCUCUGCUGUCCACUAUUGCCACAGGAACGGGAUUGUCCAUCGCGACCUUAAGUUGGAGAACAUCCUGCUGGACAGCAACGGCAACAUCAAGAUUGCCGACUUCGGGCUGUCCAACCUUUACCAGGGUGAUAAAUUCCUCCAGACGUACUGCGGCAGUCCUCUGUACGCUUCCCCGGAGAUCGUCAACGGAAGGCCGUAUAGGGGACCAGAGGUGGACUGCUGGUCUCUCGGCGUUCUGCUCUACACGCUUAUACACAAAGCCAUGCCUUUUGAAGGACAAGACCACCACAAACUGGUCCAACAGAUCAGCACCGGAGACUACCGCAAACCCACCAAACCAUCUGAUGCGUGUGGUUUGAUCCGCUGGAUGUUGAUGGUGAACCCUGUGCGUAGAGCUACACUAGAGGAGAUCGCUGGCCACUGGUGGCUCAACUGGGGUUAUCGAAACCCCCUACUGGCUCAGAAUGAGCGCACAGUGGCGGUCCAUAAGGCGACCGGACAUGCGACCGCAGCGUGUCAAACUGGUGGUCCAACCCGCAUUGCAGACUGGCUGCGGCGUACCUCUCGUCCUCUUCUUGAGAGCGGAUCAAAGAUGCGCUGCCUGUUGCGGUCAGGUGGUGGCGCUGGAGGCGAGACGGUGACGCGUCAGCGCUCCAUUCGCAGGUCGCGCAAAGAAAACAACGUUUCACAGACCAUGCAGGAGGGCUCCGCCCCUCGCCCCUCAAAAGGAAUUCUAAAGAAGCGGGGAAGCCUGAAACAGAAAUUGUCCGGUGACGCCCAGGUUACGCCUUUGGAAGAGAAAAGUCCCAACACUCUUGCAUUUAGCUCGACGCCUGCGGCGGCUUCUGCCCUGCCUCCGCCCCCUAAAGGGAUCCUGAAGAAGCCGCCCGAAAGAGAGUCGGGCUAUAUUUUGUCCUCCCCAGAGAGCGGAAACUCCAGCCAGACACUCCUGUGCCCGUCGCCCGCGCAGCACCGUAAGGGAAUCCUCAAACGGCACGGCAAGUUUUCCGGUGGCUUGCAGGAAUUCGGCUCGCUGGAUGAACUUGCACCUACCUUACCCAUCGUGAGCAGUAGAUCCCGGCCAAGUGGAGCAAUCAGCGAGGACAGCAUCCUCUCCUCAGAGUCCUUCGACAGACUCGACCUACCUGAUCGCGACAUUCCAGUCGCCAAAAUGGAAUAUCCAACAGGGGGCAACAGAAUGCGAGGAUGCGUUUCUGCUGACAAUCUUCUUGACUUGAGGGACGUCAGACCAGCUCAACGGCAGGGACACUGGGACAUGGACAUCGCCUGCUACCGUGCGGGAGUGUCCCACAGCUCGUUCUCAAUCGCUGACUGUGAGAACGUAACUCAGACUUACAAACAAGUUUUAGGCUUAUCCGCAAGCUGAGGCGUUUAUCAGAGACUAUGCAACCUUUGAGUUCAAAAAUGGAGACUGUUCUCAGGGGGUCAAAAGGCACUGACGCAUUUCUACUAGGAAACAUUCUGGAGAUUUGAGGGUGGGCAGGAAACAGACCUCUGAAGCCUGAGAUGCAUUUCACUAUGAUGGCAGAACAGCUUGUAAUGUUGCAUUUCAAUUCUGCAAUACAAUGGCUUGUAUCAUGUAGACUGGAAUUGACAAAAGUGCCAUUCUGUUUUGUAGACUGAACUGCUCCCAUUGAUGAACAACUCAUUUCUUAGCAUACUAAGGAUUGUUUAGGGUGUUGGUUUGAUCAAAAGUACCAAAGACGAUUCUCUACAGUUCUGCUUGUCUUAAAGACCCCCGAAUAGUGCCUAUUGAUUGCACAUAUGUACGCAACGAAGACAAAAGUGGGUUACAGUAGCGUAAAUACGUACGAUACUGAAGACAGGACAUGCAGAUCAACACACCGAUCUGAAGGUACAAAGACGAGAUAAGGCCGGUCUACUAGAGCGCCUUCCCGCCAAUUUGACUUCUACAACAAAUCGAAAGCACCUGGGAAUUCACGUGUCAGACGGAGAUUGUCUGGUCAUGAGUUUAUGAAGCCUAAAGCCUAACCCUAGCCUCUCUGAAUAAGAGCGAACUAAAUGCCUGUAUUUAAAAACUGCUGCCCUCAAACAAUUUUGGGACGUAUAGUAUUUAGAUGCAUGAAAAACAACAUGUGUUUACUUAUGUUUAUUAAACGGACGGUUCACCCCAAAAUGACAAUGAGUUCAAUGAGAAGAAGUCGUCUGUUAUUUCAGUCAUUAAAGUGUCAUGUCAGGGUGUUUGAUGGUUCAUCAUACAGUAUCUGUAACCAUAUCUGUCAUCAAAGCGGCAGUCCUGUGGGUUCGGCUGUAAUCUGUGUGGGACAAUCUGGGUUUGUGGGUUGUGGGGGUGUUUAGCUUUCAUUUGGUAUCAUUAUAGUUAGAGUUUCUGCAUUUGUUUGCCAAAGUGCCUGAUCUGCACUGAUGCACUCAAUCAGUGGAUCAAUAA